UUCCGAAGCAGUAGUCAGCUUCAGUGCGAUCUACAGACUCACUCUCGACUCCUCUCCGCGCUCAUUUUUUUUUACGCCACGAAACCGCGUUCGCCGCGUGACAGCUUUCAGUUGGAUUAUUCAAUUGACUUUUUCAAAACGUAUAUCGAUACGCAGCGGUUUUACGCCGGCCACAAGUUGGAUUUCAAACAUCAAAGUUGUGCCGGCGGCCCUGGUUCCGGUGGUGGUAGUGGUGGCGCUGCUGGAGGAGUCGUCGUCGGCGGCAAUACCAACUCAGCCACCCAACAUCAGCAAUCAGUAAUCAGCAGCGGCAACAGCACAAGCAACGGAAGUAGUAACAGCUCGGCCCUGUCGCUUACCCACAACCACAACCCGCACGUCCAUAACAGUCACUCCCACACUCACGGACAAUCCCUAGCGAUCACACACGCUCAUCACGGUCUGUUGCCAUCGGUAUCCGUUUCCGUGCCCCAGCAACAACAGUCGCAACAGUUGCCGACCGGAGUGGGAGCCGCAGCUCCUCUGCUGCAGCAUCAGCAGCAGCAUAGUCAACAACAGCUGAUCAACAGCAGCGGAGUUUCCGUUGCCCCGACUCUGUUGAUCGGCAACGGACCGAGCUCAUCUGGAACGGGAUCAGGAUCAGGCGUCGUGUCAGCAGUCGCAGCGGCCGCAGCAGCAGUCGCCUCGAUACCACAAGUGGCGCCCCACAGCCUUGGUCUCAGUCCGCAGUCCAGCGCUGACUCGCAGCAGUUUAACAUUUUCCCGGCGAUCUUCAGCCGGCAACUGAACUUUUCUUCGGGAGGGCAGGCAGGAAAACUGAGCAUGGAUGAGCUUCGCCCCAAUCUGGUAGGCGGGUUAUUGGGCCUGCAGCAGGGGUUGCUCGAGGAUCAUGCCAGUAUGCAGCAUGGAGGCGUCCAGGAUUCCAAAUUCAUGUCGUUCCAGGACCAGCGGCUGAUGGGUAUCGGCGGCUCUCACGAAAAUCGCCUGCUCAGCCUCGCUACGUCCGUACAGGACGCGCGAUCUCCCAUCACCACACUAGACAAAUCGUCCACGUCGCUAAACCACCAACGGAAAUGUAGCAGUACGCCAGAGGACUUCAGUGCCCUGUACUCAGGCCUACCCACACCUGGAAUGGAUUCAUCAUCGCACCACCACACUCCGGCACACACGCCACCCUCACGACUCUCCGACCACACAAUAUCGGCGGAAGGUGCAUUCAAGAAGCUUAAGCCGGAACCCAACAGCGGCCUCCCGACAGUUUCCGCCGGCAUCACGUCGCCCGGAAGCGGAUUAUCAACGCUGAGUCAGCACGCUGGCCACACCCCAACCACUGCAUCCUGCCCUACGCCAGCCAGACGGAGACAUCGAACCACAUUCACACAGGAACAAUUAGCGGAACUGGAAGCUGCAUUCGCCAAAUCGCAUUAUCCGGACAUUUACUGUCGCGAGGAGCUCGCGCGUACAACAAAGCUGAACGAGGCACGGAUACAAGUUUGGUUUCAAAAUCGUCGCGCCAAGUAUCGCAAGCAAGAGAAACAGCUUCAGAAGGCAUUGGCACCAUCUGUAAUUCCAUCUUGCAACGGAAUGAUGCGAAAUAUUCAGGGCUAUAGUGUUUCCCGCGGGUAUCAGCCAUAUCCCCAUCAUAAUACCAUGAAUCGAUAUCCUCAGGAUCUUUUCCAAAUGGGCGCCUCCUCGUAUCCAGGUAUGACGCAACCGUUCUCAAUGGCGCAUGGUACAAAUAUGGGGUCUGUUGGCGUGCGUCAGGACUCGAUGGGCAUGUCCCCGGAAGAUGAGUGGUACAACAAGAGUCUAUCCGCUCUACGGAUGAACUCGUCGCAUCAUCCGAAUCUAUCGGCACCAAUGCUCCAAUACCAGACAUAAUCAAAAACCUUUGACGACUUCUUUUAAAAGAUCGCUCCACAGCCGCCCAAUCAAGGGCGGUUGAUUUGCGGUGCUUUAAGAGCGAGUACGUCAAAUGGUGUCCCGCAACACAAGCAUGUAUCCGUGAAUAUUUCUGUCUAUAACUAUGCAUAUAUCUGUGUAUAUAUGUAUAUAGUAAAAUGGCAGUCGGUAGUUUCCAGCCCUACGUUCCAGCUCUAGACUAAAGAUACGCAAAGAAAACCAAACCGGGCAGAUCGCAGCUCGAUCAAAUCGUUCGGUUGCACUUCUAGCUAGCUGUAUGCUAGACGUACUUAUAAGACUUGUUGAUAUUAUCCUGUUUUUUUGUGCACUACAUGUCUUGGAAGGUAAGCGAAUAAGCCGAAUCAGACUCGAAAGUAAACAAAAAAAAAUGGAAUAUACUGUAAUAAGAAACUAGUCAUAGAAUUUAAUUGAAUUGUGUAUUGAGAUUUUAGCGUGACAUUAUAAAGAAUAAAAGUAAA